AUGUCGUCCGCAGAUCCCAAAACCGAUGUGCCGCAUGGCUUCCGGUUGAUUCCAAUGCUGUUUUACGAAUAUUUUGCCGGUUCGGCCUUCAACGUCGAUGUGCUGAAGGCAAUCUUCAGAUCGAUUGGUACAGCUGGUAGUAACUGUGGUAAGGGGCUGGGAUUGUUUUCUCGCACUGUGAAUAUAGUGAUUGCGCAACUAUCCCAACGUGUGGUGGAAUGGUGUGUGGUAGCCUAUUUCACUAGCAGUAACUCCUUACUUCUUCACCGUGCCGCAGUGCUUCACUGCACUUUCCCCUACGUUCAGCAUUACCGUUUCACUAAUUGCUGGAUCACUCACUUUCCUUGCAGCGUGGCAAAGAUUUUUGUUCCGUCGUUCCUGUGGAACUGGGUGAGGAAUACAAUAGUCGGCCUGCCUUCCUUGGGAGAUGACGGUACCGAUGGUGUUAACGACUACGGUGAAUCUAUUUCCUUUUACAACAGUAGUUACGCAUCAUCUACACCGACGGCUGUCGUAGCCAGUAGCCUGGUCAGUGAGAUCACUGAGCACAUCAUUCAGCAAAUAGCUUGGGCGGUGUUGUUUUACAGGUCACGCGAUGAGAAGGAUGCGCUGUGGCCGAUGGUUAAACGGUACUUGUCUACCACAGUUGAAUCGCUUACGCAUUCAGUGCUUAUUGUGUGCGCACGCAGUGUUGGGGCCUGGUUUGGUGGGCGGGUAUCUCGUAACCCCAGCUCUGGAUGUAUUUUCUGGUGUGAACGAACACUGCUUCUGCUUUUAGGACCGGCCAUUGGCAAAUCGGGUCGCAGGUUGGGGGUUAAGUUGCUCCAAGAAUUGGAGAGAUUUCAUCCAACAACUGAGGCGGAGGCACGGGCCGAUGACGCCAGAUCCAACGCCGAAUCUUCAGCACAUGAUGGUGAAGAUGAUUGGAAUACUGGCAGUUUCUUUUACCCCACCACCUUGUCAACUGUUGACUAUUAUGAAGUGCUUGGAGUGGAGCGCACAGCGAGCCUUGAAGACAUUAAGCGGGCGUACCGCGCUGCAGCACUUCAGAAUCACCCCGAUCAUGCGCCAAAGGAGGCGGAAGCUCAGAAUGCGGCACAGGAACGUAUGGCAGUAAUAAACCAGGCAUACGAAACGUUAGGGACGGACAGUAAGCGUAGGAAAUAUGAUCAGGCAUGUGCCAAUAUUCAAAUUCCGGGGGUAUUUAGUCGUUUCAACGAUUUCCCGUUGUCAACGCACGACGGUAGUACCGUGUUGGUUGCGGUGGCAUCUUUGGUUGUAAAAUCAUUUGUUGCGUACGCGCAGUAUUACUCUUCCUUUCUUGAGUUAACGGGUCUUGGAAAAGGACCAUUGCGGUAUGUUGGUUUUCUGUAA